GCACCCCUCAAUACAGCGACACACAUUCAGCAGUAGUCAGUCAGCCCGUGAGGUCUCGGCGAAAUUGUGAAGCCAGUCGAGAUUCCAUCUCGCGUAAGAGAUUCUCUACACGAUUCAUGUGUUACGAUCUGUCCCACAUCUGUUCGACACCUACCGCAGAAUCAUGAGCUGCAGGAAGGAAUCUCUGUGUCCUCUGUCCAGCGAUCUCACAGCGACUGACAGACGAACAAGCGACGACUUCGCAACCAAUGGCUCUGGUGUCGGCGUCUACCCGUUCGCCUUGGUACUGAGGCUACGCGUUCUUCAGGUUGUGUGUGGCAUCUCGGCUCUGGUGAUGGGUACAGUCGCACUCAUUGAGGAACGGGGUGAACUUAACCUUGCGGUCGCUGUACCUGCAGGAUGCGCCACGGUCCUCGCUGCAGGUGCAAGCAUCCACACGAGUCGUGGAUUCAGCGGCUACAAGCCUUCAACGUGUGGAUCAAGUUCUUCACUGAGAUUUUUGGGUCCGUCCGCACGCGUGGCUGUUCCCCUUGUUAUCCUGUGGGCUGUGGCAUGUUCCUUGCAUGCAGCACUUGUCUUCCAGGCCACUUGGACACUUGCGGGGAAAAGGGGGUCCGAGUCGUCGGAGCUGAGUGGAACCGUCCUGGUGCUCGCUGUGAUUGAGCUCACCCUCACUUCAAUCACCAUCUUAGCCGUUCUCGUCAUCCUCCGCAUAGACUGCCGUUACGACCCUGACUGACCCUGCCCCGGGGUCAGCCCCUUCGAUUGUCAGGGCUCAGGGACUGGGACGGGAGUGAGCCUUGUGCCGUUACCUUCGACAUCUUCCGAGAGGAAUAGCAGUAAAGUUGCAGGGACCAGCCCCGACAACUGCGCGGUCUCAGGACACAGAGGCUCAAGCGAGGAGAAAGGUCGUGACCCAGAGGAAAAAGAACAGGGCAGCCGUAAACCAUCACUUCCAGCUUUUCAAUUGAAAGGCAUAAAAUCAAGGCAGCAGCCCAGUUAUAUAGCGUCCCGUAACGAAGAAAACGAACAGCCAAAGAACUCCGAAGUUUUAAUACCUAAGAUAUCAAUAUCCAUUGACGAUGAGACCGUAUAUACGAAAGAGUAUAAAACAAAUGUUUGAUGCUAUUAAAUCAGCGAUAAAGAUACUAAGAAACUGUAAGAGGAAUAUACAGUUAAGACGAUGUUAAAUAUUCAAUUAAAUGUAAUUGAAAUUUCAGGCAUCGUAAAAUUGGUGCUGCAGUAACCCUACAAAAGCGAACGGAUUGAUUUCUACUCAGUUACAAUUAAAACUGCGUAACUCUAAGCGAUUUAAAAUCUUUCUGGGGAUUUUUCUCUGAUGAUGGCGCGCAGUUCACGGUGUAAUAGAUGUGACUUCCUACAGCAAGAAGCCUCUAUUUCUGCACCACCUGCAAGUUUCUCAUAAACAUGAUCAGUUUUAAACCAUGUUAAUGACAGUAACAAGAUUUGUAGGGGAUGAUUCUGGAAACUGUGUAAUGAUGUUUACUUACUUUCUGAGGUCUAUUGACGAAGAGGUUAUCUCAGCAAGAAAGAAAUCAAGAAGACUCCAGAGUUAGCUUUAUACCUCAAAAUAAUUUGACAAUUAAUUUCAUUAUUAUCCUUCGAAAACGAUAUAUAACAUCUUUGUCCAAAGUCCUAAAAAAUGUUUUCUUUACUCCACAUAACUUGUGACAUCAUAAAGUGAAAUUUACCCUACUGAGAAAACGAAUUUGUAUUUCUACAUACCUACAGCCUACAUUUUUAAAAGACUUGUUUCAUAAAUUAUUACCACCGUUAAUAAUAUUUUUCUAUCUAUAUAUUUUAAAAUUUUCUCUCUGAUACGAGAAGUGCAUUUCGUCUCGCAUCCUUAAGCUUUCUGUGAUCCACAGGAACAGUUUUUGAUGUCAGUUCUGUUUUCUAAUGUCCAGUAAUUAGGCGUAUGAUCGUCACAACAAAUCCUUACUUAUUUGUAAGAUGCGUGGAUCAUUCAGCAUUUAGAAUGCAAACCAAGUGUUUAAAUCCCUUGAGAUACUCAUUCUAAAUGUCCUUUAUUCCAAUCACAAAGUAAUCCGAGAAUUACAAUUAAUAAAAUUGGAUUUUUAUGAACA